GAGGGAGCGCUGGCUUUAGAAGCACAGCUGCAGAGAUUCCUAGGGGCAGAAGUUGUCUGAGAGCUUGGUCGGAAGCUGUAGGGCCAGAUCAGCGACUCUGCGACUUUUACGGCUACACAGAGCUACUGUCUUGACCCGCCCCCACCAAGAAAGGAAGGAAGGAAAGAAGGAAGAGAGGAUCUUUACAUGGAUGAGAUGGCGACCACCCAGAUUUCCAAAGAUGAGCUUGAUGAACUCAAAGAGGCCUUUGCAAAAGUUGAUCUCAACAGCAAUGGAUUCAUUUGUGACUAUGAACUUCAUGAGCUUUUCAAAGAAGCUAAUAUGCCAUUGCCCGGAUAUAAAGUGAGAGAAAUUAUUCAAAAACUCAUGCUGGAUGGUGACAGAAAUAAAGAUGGGAAGAUAAGCUUUAAUGAAUUUGUUUAUAUUUUCCAAGAGGUAAAGAGCAGUGACAUUGCAAAAACCUUCCGCAAAGCCAUCAACAGGAAAGAAGGGAUUUGUGCUCUGGGAGGAACUUCGGAGCUGUCCAGUGAAGGGACACAGCAUUCGUACUCAGAGGAAGAAAAAUAUGCAUUUGUUAACUGGAUAAACAAAGCUUUGGAAAAUGAUCCCGAUUGCAGACACGUCAUACCCAUGAACCCAAAUACUGAUGACCUGUUCAAAGCAGUUGGGGAUGGAAUUGUACUCUGCAAAAUGAUCAACCUUUCAGUUCCUGAUACAAUUGAUGAGAGAGCAAUCAAUAAGAAGAAGCUGACACCCUUCAUCAUCCAGGAAAACCUGAACUUGGCACUGAACUCUGCUUCUGCCAUUGGAUGUCAUGUUGUGAACAUUGGUGCCGAGGAUCUGCGGGCUGGAAAACCUCAUCUGGUUUUGGGCCUGCUCUGGCAGAUUAUUAAGAUUGGCUUGUUUGCUGACAUUGAAUUAAGCAGGAAUGAAGCACUGGCAGCUUUGCUUCGAGAUGGCGAGACUCUGGAGGAGCUUAUGAAACUGUCUCCAGAAGAGCUUCUGCUGAGAUGGGCCAACUUCCAUCUGGAAAACUCAGGCUGGCAGAAGAUCAAUAACUUCAGUGCUGACAUCAAGGAUUCCAAAGCCUAUUUCCAUCUGCUCAAUCAAAUUGCACCAAAAGGACAGAAGGAAGGGGAACCACGGAUAGACAUUAACAUGUCUGGUUUUAAUGAAACAGAUGAUUUGAAGAGAGCCGAAAGUAUGCUUCAACAAGCAGAUAAAUUAGGUUGCAGACAGUUUGUUACCCCGGCUGAUGUUGUCAGCGGAAACCCCAAACUGAACUUGGCUUUUGUAGCUAACCUCUUUAAUAAAUAUCCAGCACUCACUAAACCUGAAAACCAGGAUAUUGACUGGACUCUUCUGGAAGGGGAAACUCGCGAAGAAAGAACCUUCCGCAACUGGAUGAACUCUCUUGGGGUUAAUCCCCAUGUCAACCAUCUCUAUGCUGACCUGCAGGAUGCCCUGGUGAUCUUACAGCUCUACGAGAGAAUUAAAGUUCCUGUGGAUUGGAGCAAGGUUAACAAGCCUCCAUACCCAAAGCUGGGGGCCAACAUGAAAAAGUUAGAAAACUGUAACUAUGCGGUUGAAUUAGGGAAGAGUCCAGCUAAAUUCUCCUUGGUUGGCAUUGGAGGACAAGACCUGAAUGAUGGGAACUCUACCUUGACCUUGGCUCUAAUGUGGCAGCUGAUGAGAAGGUAUACUCUUAAUGUUCUGGAAGACCUUGGAGAGGGUCAGAAAGCAAAUGAUGACAUCAUUGUAAACUGGGUCAACAAAACAUUGAGUGAAGCUGGAAAGACAACUUCCAUUCAGAGUUUUAAGGACAAGACAGUCAGCUCCAGUUUGCCAGUGGUGGAUUUAAUUGACGCCAUCCAGCCAGGCUGCAUUAACUAUGACCUUGUGAAGAGUGGGAAUCUGACAGAAGAGGACAAGCACAAUAACGCCAAGUAUGCAGUGUCAAUGGCUAGACGAAUUGGAGCCAGAGUCUAUGCUCUCCCCGAAGACCUUGUCGAAGUGAAACCGAAGAUGGUCAUGACCGUGUUUGCCUGUUUGAUGGGCAGAGGGAUGAAGAGAGUGUAAAAUAACCAAUGUCAACAGAGCCCACCUUACUCGAAGGUGCAUGAUUAGCAAGUCAGCUAGUCCCAGGUGAAGUGCUCAUGGCUUCAGAAGUCUUGGUCAUUUAAAGGACUUUUAGUUUGGAUUAGCAAUACUAAUUAAUCAUGACAGCCUUCGGAGAAAGCAUUUUAGUAAACAGGCAACUCCUUUUCCCGUACAGCUGACUCUUGUCAGCACACCUGAACAUGCUCACAGCCGACCAUCUGCUCUCUCCUCCUAGAAUGCUGCCCUUGACAUUCCAGCUUGCUUUCUAUUAUCUAUGAAUCUUCUCCCUCCUGGGAUAUCCAUCUCUUGAGACUCACCUAGAUGUGUAGCUAGGAAUAUUAUUAGCUCGACCUUUGGCUUUCCAAGUUCUAGCAGUUCUUUCUGGAGAACAGAGCUCUGAUGCUGUGUGGAGAUGAGUGUUCUUUGCUUUCUUUAUAGUGCUGAAAAUCCGCUGAAGUAACUGGCUGUGCAGAAUGGAUUAGAAGCUCUUCUCGAAUUCUUUUAUUCUUAAAAUCAGUAUCUUUUUACAGUAUUCUUUCUACAUGGUUAUUUUUUGUACAUUUAAGAAUAUUUUGAUUACAUCCAACACGUCUGCUGAUUUGCUACUUUUUUAACAGGGGUCAUCAUGUAAGUAAAACACACAAAAGCAUAAAUUAUAGGUGGAGGAAAGUGGACCCUAAGGAUGCGUUUCCCCCUCACACCCAGGCUCAAAUAAAAUGAAAUAUUUGGUCUUCAAUAAGUCAGUCCGAUACACGCUUCUUUGUUUGAAAACCUUUACCACAAAACUCUUUUUCAGUCUAAAAUGCUGUUGAGUAUGACACUUUUGAGGAGAGGGAGGGCUCCGAAUUUAGAUGGGAAUUCGAUAAGCAAAGAAUGCUAAAGUGUACAAUGGAAUUUUAAGUUUUACACCUAUAACAAGGACAUGUGGUCACAAAAAUGGGAAAGUAUGUAUGUCGGACUUGAUGUACUCUUGCUCUGUCAAGCUCUUUGCUAUAGUUCUCAAGAUCAUUAUGUUAAUCUAACUCUGAAAAGUGAUGUAAUCUGGUAGCAACAUAGUAGUCGAAAUAAAGGCAUUUGCAUAAUAAUUACCCUCUAA